CCCCUUCGAAGACAGCCCCUCUCGCCAUGCUUGCUGUCUUCGCCGCUGCAUCAUCUUUCCUUGCGUCAUGUAUCGCUGUCGACAUCCCCGCAUUUGCAUCGCUCAAUGCUGGAGGACUGCAUCCCACACUCCGCAGCCGCGCACACAGACUCAGAUCACCCGCUAUGAGGUGGCGAGGUGGUCGGUGGCAUCAUUCUUCCCCUGCUGGUGGCGGUGCUGCUGCUCUUGAUGACGGGCAGUGUGGAGUGCUCAGGAUGAUGGCGGAUGCGGAGGGGCUGCUCGACGUGUAAGGGCGCGACACAAUGCAAUCACGGCAGAAUGACAGACACAUGGGUUCUCCCCUUGUCCUGUGUGUCCUGUUGGUGAUUGAUUGCAGCAAGAGGCUUGAGCGUGCCGCGACGGGUCCGCAGAUCUUUCUCCCUGACGACCAGCGGUUGAAGAUUGGCGUUGUGGGAGCCGGUAAGACCAGGACACCUGGAUGGAUGGAGCGAUGGAGGGAGGGAGGGAUAGGACGAGCUUUGGUUUGCUGCACUGCCCCUUCUUGUCUUGUGUGGUCAUUGGUGGUCACAGGUCUCGCUGGGUUGGUGACAGCGAUGGAUCUGGCUGAUGCGGGCCACUCGGUUGAGAUCUACGAGACGCGGCCGUUCAUCGGUGGCAAGGUGGGCAGCUGGGUCGACAAGGACGGCAACCACAUCGAGAUGGGCCUACACGUCUUCUUCGGGUGCUACUACAACCUCUUCGGCAUAUUCAAGGUACACCACACCCCGUCAGCUUCAGCUCAGGACGCUCAAACCUGCUUGUCUGGGUCAUUUUGAUCAGCGAUUGGGCAUCUUUGAGGAUGCCCUCCGGCUGAAGACCCACACGCAUCAGUUUGUCAACAAGGGCGGCGACGUGGGCGCACUCGACUUCAGGAUGGGCGGCGUCGGGGCGCCCUUCAACGGUCUCAAAGCCUUCGCCACCACCAGCCAGCUGGGUGAGACUGAUGCAUGUAUACUGAUGGAUGGAUGCCUUGCCACACACACUUGGGGGGGUGGGAUCGAUCAGAGUUGGGUGACAAGGUUGCGAAUGCGAUUGCCUUGGCGACGAGUCCCGUGGUGAGGGGCCUGGUGGACUUCGAUGGCGCCAUGGAGGAUGUCAGGAACCUUGAUGACAUCUCAUUCAGGUCGAUAACCAAGACAGGCACCACACUGCCACAUUGCUGGACCCAUUGUGUCUUCCUUCUUGUGUGGAUGCAUGGCAUGCAGUGAGUGGUUUCUGAGCAAGGGCGGCAGCCGUGGGUCGAUCGACCGGAUGUGGGACCCCAUUGCGUACGCCCUUGGCUUUAUCGACUGCGACCACAUAUCGGCCCGGUGCAUGCUCACCAUCUUCCAGCUGUUUGCCGUGAGGAGCGAGGCGUCAGUGCUGCGAAUGCUCGAGGGAUCGCCGCACGAGUACCUCCACAAACCCAUACAGCAAUACCUGGAGGCAAGGGGAGCCAAGGUACGCACCCAUCACCACACCCUACCCUGCACACACAAACAACCGUACCAUGGUGUCUUCACUCACGGUCCUGUGUCCAGAUUUUUACUCGCCGGAAAGUGAAGGAUCUGCUAUAUGACACCGAUGCAUCCGGCGCCCCCACCCGGAUGCGCGGCAUCGUGGUCACGGGCCCGCCUGGCAGAGACCGACAGGACGAGACCAAAGAGUUUGACGUGGUGGUUGCGGCUGUGGACGUGCCGGGCAUCCAGAAGCUGCUCCCGCCGUCAUUCAAGUCCAGCUACGACGUCUUCGGCAACGUCGACAAGCUUGAGGGCGUCCCUGUGGCGACUGUGCAGCUGAGGUUCGACGGCUGGGUGACGGAGCUGGACCCCAGCCAUCCCGACAGAAGAGUGGUGGACAAGGACUUCUCGGACGGCAAGGCGCCCGGCCUCGACAACCUGCUGUACUCAGGUGGGUGGGUGAGCCCACAGAGACACGCUCUAGCAAGGAGACUGAGUGCGCACAUCGCUGUCGGCUUCGUCCUCUCUGUGGUGUGUGUCAAACUGCAGCCGAUGCUGAGUUUUCGUGUUUCGCCGAUUUGGCUCUUGCGAGUCCAGCUGACUAUUACAAGCCGGGCGAGGGGUCUCUGCUGCAGUGCGUGUUGACGCCCGGCGACAAGUGGAUGCCCCAGGAGGUCGACGCAAUCGCCAACGCCACGCUCAAACAGGUGCGUGUGUUGACGGGACGGGACACCCAUCCAUCCAUCCAUCUAUCUGCUGGCCUGAGUGUGUGUCUUGUUGUGUGCAUUGUGUGCGUACAGGUGUACGACUUGUUCCCAAGUGCGCGUGAUUUGAAGUGCACGUGGUCCAACGUCGUGAAGCUCAACCAGUCCCUCUACCGGGAGGCCCCGGGGAUGGACCCAUUCCGCCCCCCACAGAAAACACCGGUGGAUGGCUUCUACUUGGCGGGCUCAUACACAUAUCAGGACUACAUCGACUCGAUGGAGGGCGCCACCAAGAGCGGGCUCAAAGCCGCCGAGGCCAUUCUCGACGACACACCUGCUCUCGCGGCGUUGAGGCGACGGGAAGGGCUGGAGAUGGUGCCUGUCAUGCGUCAGGAGGCCACCGCAUCGAGGAACGCCUCGCUUGUGGGGUCUGUAUGAGGGUGUGCCUGUGUCUGUGUCUGGCCUCUCUCUCAAGAUUGGUCUGCGAAUGAAGCUUUCGUAGGUAGACGAACUGAGUGGGCGAGGGAUGGUUUGUGUUUUGCGUGUACAGGAGAAAGAGAGAGGAUCCCGAAGGGAUCCCGUGAUCUACGUGUGGAUGGGUGGUGGGUGUAUGGUGUGGAUUGACCAAACAAUAAUUUUUGAUAGCGUAUGUAGCUAGCUAGACAACGAGGUAGACGUGUACAGCUUUCUUCCCUCUAUGCUGUGGGUACCCGGGUGGGUGGAUGGAGAGACCAACGAUUUCAUUUCCCACGAUGCAUGCGAUGCUGCGUUACGCUCAGUGUACAGCUGUCGUGAUGUGCCAACGACCAAACACGAACAGCUUACACUUCAUCUCGUGACUGUCGUUCGUGUGGUCCCUUUUGCAGUGAUUAAUCGGCUCGG